AUGGCUUCUUCUAAGCCCAAUCAGAAGAAAGCUGCCUUUUCUAUCUCCACAUACCAAGGGCCAUCACAUGAGAAUAGGAUGACGGUAGUGCAUACAGAGGUUAGAUAUGUUCCAGGCAAAAGAUCAGUACAGUGUGAAAAGAUCUGUGGACCCACAAUUCUGAUGGCUAUGCUAUUGACAUGUGACACAGACCUGCCCAAGGGUUUAGACAGAAGCCAAUCACUACUUACAGCAAACAGUACAAGCCCAGACACAGCAGGUAACUCAGACUUUCCAUUUUGGGAAUGUAAACUAUCACAUAUAGCAGGUUUGGUCACACAAUUCAUAGGCAGUUGUCCUGCAGAGGCCAUGCACGGCCAACUUCCCAAAUGGGCAGGGACUGACCAUAUAUGGCCGUUUUUACAAGCAUCAUACACACACCAAGAUCUGCUUAUAUGCCUCAGUAUCAUCACUUAUGAUGUACCCAAGGGGCAUCCCAUGGAGAAGCAAUAUUUGGGAUUUUUCCACAUUCAAUGGGGCUCUACCAAUGGGAGUGCUCCAAAAUCCCUUUUGAGUGACCGGAGUCGUCGACAGGCCGGAAUUCCGGCCUGUCGACGACUCCGCUUCGGCAACGGGCGCUUAAACGGGCGCUUAGUAAGCGAUUUGGUUGGAGCUCAGUCACUGACAACUGAGCAGCUGCAUUGGAAUUACCAUUUGGGGAAGGUCUCAGAUGUCAUAAAGACAUACAGAAUCUAUGGGCAGUCUACAGGCUUCAAAAGAGUCACUUUGAGGGUGAAAAGGGAUGCACUCAUGUGCACAGAGGCAUUUAUUAUUUUGGGAAUUUUCCGCAUUUUAGUGGGGCCACAGUACAGCAGGUACAGUGCCACUAAGGAGCCUGUGGCUGAGAUUCAAACUCAGCCCAAAACCUCGGCAGCCUGCCUGAUUAGGGCAGAAAAGGGGCUGUUGCACCAAUCAGAGCAGCUCGGCAUCUCUCUCAUGCCGUUCGGAGGUGCAACCGUGCCAAAUUUCCGCACGGAUGCACCUCCGAACGGCAUCUGGGCGCUUAGCGCGCGCUUAGUAAGCGAUGUAAGUGCGGACUAUUACUCUGCUUAUAUGGGCUUAUUUAGACCCAGGAAAAAGCGCAAAAAUCAGAGAAUAUUGGAGAUGGACCAGGGAAUGUGA